AUGCUAUAUUCACUUACUUGUCAAUUUCAGGUGUUUCAGACUCUCACUCGCCGUUCAGCAUUAUUGGAGGGUUACGGACAUACAACUGUACGUUUGAGCUCAGCCAAUAGCUAUAGCUGCCAAAAAGAUGUUACAUUCAAUGAAUACUGCGUUAGCCAUGUCCAUCCUCAAAAAUUAACUACUCUUGGGAAUGAGACUUUUUACUUCUUUGGUGACAACAAUCACGAGGAGUGGCAAGACCUUUUGGAGCAGUAUAUACAACCUCCUUAUAGAUUACCCUAUCAUUUGCCAGCAUUGAGUUUUGGUCUUGCAGGUCCAGGGACUGGUGUUCCCUUUCAUUUCCAUGGGCCAGGAUUUGCAGAGACCAUGUGGGGACGAAAAAGAUGGUUCAUGUACCCUCCGAAUGUGAACCCUAACUUCCAUCCUAAUCGCACAACAUUGCAGUGGUUGAUGGAAGACUAUCAGCUAAGAAAAGAUGAUCCUAAUUUGUAUGAAUGUACACUUAACCCUGGAGAGAUUAUUUAUUUUCCUGACAAGUGGUGGCAUGCAACUCUCAACAUUGACAGCAGUGUUUUUAUAUCAACUUUCCUCAGUCCAUAAUCUUUGUAUUGAAAUGAAAUGGGAUCUGGUAAUGGUAAUGGUUUAAUGUAUGUGUACAUCAGUUCUGUAAAUUAGUUU